GACACCGUCCAAGCGGAUUCAUUCCCUGGUCAUCGACGCGAACGCAAUCCUCAAGAAUGAUCCCACAGUUUCUACGUGGCUUGUCCAAGCCGAAGAGUUGUAUACCAUUCCUGCUGUUACCAAAUACGCUAGCGGUUCCCUACGGCACCCCGCUGACCACGCGCAGUUCGCGAUGAGACGGCAAGGUCACAGUUCCACAACACUUCGUCUCCGUUCCUGAACCUCCGGAACCCGCCCCCCCAGUCCACUCAAUACGUUACAAAUUUGCGAAGAAAACGGGCGAUCUCCAGGUUCUCUCAGAACCCAAUAUCCAUCUUCUCGCCCUAACAUACGAUUUGGGAGGCAAGAGGAUGGUAGUGACGUACGGCAAUGCAUCCGCGUCUGACUUCUCCUUCUCCUUCGUUUUCCCGAUCACCUCGGUUUCAAGCUGUGUACGCUAUUGUCAGCGCUACGACGCUUAAGGCCAGUAGGGCUAACGCACCGGCCAGAGCGCGUGGCCUGGUGGAGUCAUGCAGGAUGCGGCGGGAGCGACGGGAGCUAGUUGUCGGUCGGCGCGUCUAUCCGCCUUUGACAGCCGGAGGAAACACGCACGCCACUGUGCGCACGCUGUUGGCUAUACUCGCAGGCUGUAACUCCAGGCGACCUCAUGGCCGCUUCCACCACGAUCUUCAGCCAGGAGUCGACAAACGAUCCGUGGAAGCUCGAGGCCGGGCUGCUUCACGGUAUUCGAGAUCGUUGGGUCUGCGCUGAUGCUCCUGGCGACGGACACGUACUUCGUGAUCCACGUUCUAGGAGCAGGCUGUGAAAAAGUUUGGGAGCACAGUGAUGAACGGUGGGAUUGCAUUCAGGAUUUCUUCAGGGAGUCCCUCUGACUGUGUCGUGGCAACCGUUCUCGCCGUUGUCCUGAUGACGAAACGGCACUUUUCGGCGUUCCAACGACAAUUCCACAUAAUGGUGUUCUAGCCUACGUGAUUCGCUUUGGCUGGUGAGGCUCUGCAUCCGUUAUCGGCUGUCUCUGUUUGUAUUCUAUGCACUCGUCGUUGUGUAACUACGUAUUCUUCAGACCGUACGCCUCAAUUUGGAGAGGCUGCUAACU